AUGGAUCAGGAUCACGAGGCACCGAUGGGGGUCAACGGAGAUGGGCUGCAGCACGGUGGCAGCAUCGAUCUCGGGGCAGGUUCCGACGGACCGCCCAGCAUCCUGGGUGUUGGCCCUCCGAGUCCCCUGACCGGGUGCUAUCUGUUGAUCAUCAUCGGAGAGCCACACUCCCAGGACCAUAAGGAUAUCAUCCUUCAACGGCUUGUCAAAGGUUUCCUCUCAUGGGACGUCGUUGAUUGCCAUGUCGACUUGGAGGAGGAACUGCAUACGAUCACGUUGCAGGCGCUGGAAGGCGAGGAAGGCAAGCACGGUGAACGAUUGAUUCAGUAUGCCAGUGAGAAUCUGGUGACUGAAAUUUUGAUUCAUCCGCAAGUCAAUACCUUCAUCCAGUGCAUCCGGAACCUGCUGAGCAGCUUCACUCGACAUCGACACAUCAUCCAUACCGGCUACACAUUCUCAGGAAACGGCUCGUGGAUACUUCAGGAUGGAACGUUCUCGGUCGUCGACUUUAUGGAGGCAUUCCAAGAGCACGAGGUACAGCGCGUGCUCCGUGCUUACCCUGAUACAAUCACCAUGGACGUCCAUUGUGCCCCGACCGGCCAGUGGCACACGAUUCAGGAUAAGUCGUUUUCGCGACUCUGUCAGAUCCGUCUGAAUCCGGUUGACGUUCUCGAUUCGGGCAGCGAAAAGUUGAACUCUUUCGUUGCUUAUGUUUCUUCGAUGAUCAUUCCAACGGAAAUAUCGGAACUUUUGGAAAGCUCCGACGUGGUUGGCAACAUCCGGUUUAGCCAUCCGACGCUGUAUGUCUUCCCCGGAGGCCAAGGAGACGCCGCCCUGUUCGGAAUCAAUGGCUUCAAUAUGUUGGUGGAUGGAGGCUUUAGUCGCAAGUCAUGCUUCUGGGACUUUGUGCGCCAUCUCGACCGGCUAGAUGCCGUGCUGAUGACGCGCAUCAACAAUACCAACAUCAAAGGUAUCUCAUCGGUGGUGGAGCGCAAGAGUGAAGCGCACGUGUAUCCGCAGAUCGGUCACUUCUUCUGCAACAUUCCCGAGCGCAAGGGCUUGCCGAGUCCGGACGGCGAUAAGGACCGCGACCCGCUGCUGGUCGAUCUGCUAGAGGAAGGCCACCAGAUCGUGACGAACCUGAAGUCGCUCAACCUGAAGGCACAAAACUGCUACCGCGAGUCGGAGCCCAUCAAUCUGUACCACAAAGUCGGGCACGGUACGCUCGACAUGUACGUCAUCAGUCCGUCGCGCGAUUCGCGUGAGGUGAAGGACUUCCUGGCUCGCUGGACCGCCGCCGACCAGCGUCUGUUCGCCAAAGAGACCAAGGAUGGCAAGGACUUUGCGUUUCCGCUGCAGAAUCUCAUUUCGAUCUGUGCGCUGCUCGUGUGGACCCCGGCCAACCCGGAGGAUAACAUCACGCGCAUCCUAUUCCCCGGUUCGGCGCCGGAGUACAAGAUCCUCGAGGGGCUGGAGAAGAUGAAAAACGUCGAGUUCAUGCGGCAGCCCGUCUGUCCGGUGAAAUCGAUCAGCGCCAGCCUCUCGACGCCGGUGCUCGUGACAAAGAAGAGUCUCAAGUCGGCCUCUACCGAUCGCAUUCUGGCCGAACCGAUCCACGCGUCGAAGCCGAAGGAUAACAAAAUCAUCGACAACAAGAUGAAGAUGAUGCAAACCGACAACAAGCUGACCGCGGACGCCAUGGACAGCUCGGCAGACGAGGGAAAGAUGGAGAAACAACUGGGCUCCAAGGGUCCGUCGGCGGCAGCGACUACGGUGGCUACGGCAAAGGUUGAAAGUAAGCCAAAGCCAAUCCGCAGACCGGCGUCCACAGCGGCGGACAAGAAGAUCGACAACAAGAAGUUGGAGCAACAGCAGCAACAGCAGGAGGAGAAAAAGGACUCCAUCUCGGACGUGGGCUCCGACAAGGAAGACCAAACGCUGGCAAAAACAUCUCCGGCAGCGGUCACGGCUGUGGACAGUGAGAAGAGCAUCGACGAAGGUCCGACGGAGGUGUCCGAAAAGAAACCGGACACAGAUGGAGUGGAAACCAAACCCGAAGCGGAAGUGAAGGAGAAGAAGAAGGAACUCUCACCACCAGCGGGUGCGGACACCGGUGGAGCAGUGGUAACUAAAUCCACCAAGAAACCACCCGUUUCUCGUACGCCCGCGGCCCGUUCCCGUGUGGAUACGUCGAGCAAGACGAAAGCUACGACCGAGCGUAAACCUGUGGAGCGCAAGAAGCAGCCGGAACCGAACAAGUCAUCUCCAACGACACCGAAAAAGACUGCUCCGGCCGAUGCGAAGCUCACUAACGGAAGUGCGACAAAGCCAGAGCAUGGUGACGAAGUGAAGCGAACUGUGAGCAAAGUGUCCGCCGCAAAACCGGCCCCGCUUACUGCACCCAAGACGGGCAAGUCCAGCCCGAAAGCGACACCAGCAAAGAGUGCAAAGGAUGAGAACAACCGGAAGGUACUCGAAGCCCGCCAGCGUCCGUCGGCGGCAACUGCGGCCAGACGGGAGGCUAUUUCGGCGCGUAAGGAAGCGGAAAAGAAGACAGAAGCCGCAAAGCCACAGGCGGAACGUAAACCGAUCUCUCGUCGGCCAAAGGGUACGGCUGGCGUCGGCGGUUCAGCGGCCACCCUCGGCGGUAGUCCGGUGAAGGGUAAGAAGGUACUGAAAUCGGAAAAGGAUGCCGUAAUUCGCAAGGCUAAAUUGGACAAGAACGGUACGACCGAUUCAAGCCUCGUCUCGACCCCGAGCGCCGAUGAGGGUGGAGUGGCGAUUCUCAAGCGCCCCAGUGGAACACCGGAAGUGAUGCCCGCCGAGGGUGAUUCGUUGGAGGUGAUCAAGCAGCAGCAACAGCAGCAGCAGUUGGCCGAGCUGAAGGAAGAACAGGAAGCCGUUCGUGAGAUUGAGGCCGUCUUCAACCGCGACACGGCGGCACAGAAGGCACAAAAACACCGCGAACUGGCGCUGACUGAGGAACACCGUGAAGUGCAGGACAGUACGACCGAGCCGGAGGAAGAGGAAGAGUAUCUGAUCAUCGAGAAGGAGGAACAGUACACCGAGGACUCGAUCAAUGAACCGGAGAGCAGUGCCACCAAGGAAGAGGAGAUCCAGAAGCACCAGCGUGACUCACAGGAAUCGGAGAAACGGAAGCGUGACAGUCUGGUGGAGGAGAAGGGUGAGGAGGAGAUGGAAAAGGAUGGCAUUGCCGAAUCCACAGCACAGACUGUUCAAAUUGUCAACGGUACCAAGGCGGAGGCCGAACAACCGCAGGGCAAGGAAGGAGAAGAUGAGGAACACGCUGCGACGGAAGAGGAGCAGGAGCAGGAGGAGGUUGAAGAUAAGGACGGGCGCGAGAAACUUUCCCCGAAGCACAAGCAAGAGCUGGAGGAGGAGGUGCAGGAGAUUAUCGCGUCGGCGAAGGAGAUUGCCAAGUCGAAGAUGGAAACGUCGAUGGAUGGUCUAAAGACGGAGGAAAUGUCAUCGAUAAGCCCGGACGAGAAGAUGAGCAGCACAAAGAAGACCAGUGACACGCGGGAUGAGAAUGAAGAGCACGAACUGCAGGUCGCCGGCCAUCUGAAAGAGCAUAUUGAUCCUCCGCACCAUGAGAGCCACCACGAGGAGCGCGUAUCGGCUACAGUCGAGUCGGGGGCAACGACAACCGCUCCGACACUUCCCGAGGACGAACGCAUUCCUUUGGAUGAGAUCAAGGAAGAUCUCGUCAUUGAAGAGAAACACGUCCGAGAGAUUACUAAGGAAGUCGAGGUGGCGGCAGCUGUGGCGGCGGUGACUACGGCGGCAGAGGCGGAAGCGGGACCGGAAAAGACAACACCAGCAGUACCGGAAGCUUCGGCCACGGCUCCAUUGCCGACGGUGUACGAGCCACUGGAACGGCCAACGCCGGCCAAGAUGCAGUUCAGCGCCCAGCAGGCUCAUAUGCGCGAUGUGGUCAAAACCCCGGACGAGGUCGCCGACUUGCCGGUGCAUGAGGAGGCCGAUCUGGAGGAGGGCUACGGUGAGGAUAAAGAUAAGGACAGCAAGGAGGACGAGGAGAAGGAUCGUGAUACAAAGGAAAAGCCAGAGGAGCGGGAGCCGACGGUGGCCGGGAAAGAGACUGAUGGAAAGCAACCUGAGAAGACUGAUGAUGAUAGGCAGGUAGCGGAUAAGGCGGAUGAAAGUGAUAAACCGUGUGAUAUGGCAAAGAAGGCAGCGGAGCAGGGGGAGCAGGAGAGCAACCUUCCUCGUGCUGUUGAAGACAUAAUCGAGAAGGUGGCACGUGAUACCCAGCAGGAGAUGGCUCUGAAAACGGACGCACAUCAAGAGCCCGAGGAAAAGGCAAAGCUGAAAGAUGAAGUAGACAUACUACAAGACCUGGAAUCACAAAUUAUCCCCAUGGAAGUGAUGCAGGAAAAGAUGGAGAAGGUAGAGAGAGUGCAUCAGCAACAGCUGCACGCUAAAGAUGGUAAGAAAACACCCGAAGCGGAGCCAGAAACCGACGACGCAACGAAGCUGCCAGUGGAAGAGGAACUGAUCGUGGCUCAGAAAGUCGUGCCGAAAGUUCCACUGCCUGCGGAAGCGGAUACAGAAGCUGCCGGUCAGGACGAUAUCUGGAAGACGCCUGCAAAGGCUGAAGAAAAACUGGACGAACUGAAACAUCUUAUCGACGAUAAGGCAAAGAGCGCCGUCUCCGAGUUGGUGUCCCUCAAGGAUACGAUGGUGAAGACUGUAGUGGAACGUAAGAGCGAGAUUGUUGAGAAGGUGACCGAAGAGUUGCACGAUGUGGAUCACAAGAUCAAGGAAUCCAUUGCCGAUGCCGGCAAGGAGUUGGAACAGAUGGCGGCGGUUGCAGCGGUAGAGGUAGUGAAAGAUGUCACCGAGCAGGCAGAUGCCGUUAUCGAUAGCUUGCAGAUGAAGGCUAAGCAAGUGGAUGAAGAUUUGAAGCUCACAGCUGGCAAGUUGGACGAGAAGAUGAAAUCGGUUGUCGCAGAUGUGUCGCAAAUAGCUUCAAAGUCGGACGAAACACUAGCUACAAUCGCCACCGAAGCAAGCGAGUUGGAAAAGAUGGCCAUGGAGCUGAAAAAAGACGUGGCUGGGCAACUAGAUGACACGAAGAAGCAAUUGGAGCAGGAACUUACGAAAAGCGUAGAGAUGGCACAGGAGAAGGCGAAGGGUGGCAUCAGCUCGUUCUUCGGCGGCAUCACCGAGGGCAUCAAGAGUGGCAUCGAGAAGAUGGCGGACAAGAUGGAGCACAAGAUCAAGGACAAAACCGAGCAGGUGGAGGAGAAGCUACAGCAGGUGACGGAGAAGAUAGAUGCCCUCAAGGGCGAGCGGGAACAGGAGGUUGCGUCCAAAUCCGCCGAACCGCUGGAGCAGACGUUUGAUCGGUUCGGACCGUACGAGCGUAGCUUCACGCAGGAACUUCGUGAAACGCACAUCACGACGGUCGACUCACCGGUCAUGGACGGGGAUAAGCUGAGCAUGGAACUGAAAUCGAUGGUAAACAUCCCGCACGACAUCCACGAGGACAAGGAACUCGAGGAGCUGGAGGACAACAAGAACCUCGGUACGUUCGUCAUCGAGGACAUCAAGUACAGUGCGUUCGAGGAUGCUAACUUGCGCGAGAUCAAGGAGGAAGAGGAUGAAGACCGGGUCUCUCCACCGCAGGGUAUGGUGGAAAAGCUCGGCCCUGGUAUGGUUGGUGUUAUGCCACCCCGUGCACGCACCCCCGAGGAUGUCGCCAAGAUUGUGGCCAACGUAGCGGAGGUGCUGAAAUCGGACAAGGAUUUGGAGGAGAUCAUACCCGGAUUCGAUCCGCAAGAGCUGGAGCGCAAGCUUUCCCAGGGUGCGGCACGGGAAGAAGAUGUCAGCACCGUGCAGCGGAUGCUUGUAACGGCUAGCAGUGAGGACGGCGGCGAGGAGACGGUCAUUUGUGAGGAUGGAACGAUCACCUUCUCAAAGUCGGCCACACCGGAGCCGGUACAGGGAUCUGGAAAGUCGACCCCCGAGAUCAAGGUGCAGGAAGAGGACGAGGAUGAGCUGGCAGAGGAAACGGAAAGACAAGGGCAGAAGAAGGACAAGGAGGCAGACGAAGAGAAGAAGCAGGUGGAAGCAGAGAGCAAGAGCAGUCCGGGUUCGUCUGGAAAGUCGUCACCCGAUUUGAAAACUUCUCCAACAUCAAUCGAAGAGAAAGACAAGCAUGAACUUCCAGAGAAGGUGGUACAGGUGGAGGCAACAAAAGUGGCCACAAUCGCAGCCUCCGACCUAACGUCGAGUGAGGUACGCAAAGAAUCUAUUGCCGACCAACAGCAUCCAGCAUUUGAGCACAUCGACGAUCAAAGGCGGGAAUCGGCCAUCAGCACCUUUAGCGAGCGUGACUACACGAAGGACGAGAGCUCAUUUGUCGACGAACGCGAUUCGUCUCGUGCGCAUUCUAUCUCGAGUCAUAUCAGCGACUUGAAAGAGGAUGCAGCGGACUUGAAAUCUGUGGCCGACUUUUUAAAGGAAUCGGAAAAGGAACCGGAUCACGUUUUCGGCGAAGGAGAUUCGAAGAUAAAAGAUCUGUCGAGCCCUGAGUCGGUCACUAGUCAGAAGACGAUUUCGGAGAAGGAACCGAAACUGUCCAAUGCUGCUGCAGAGAAGGUGAAGGUAGAUGCUGCUGAUACAAAGGAACCCACUAUGCCUGCGUCCAAAGAGGCAUCUCGACCAGCAUCGGCAAUGAGUGAAAAAGAUUCUAAAGAUGUGGCUACCGAUGAGGUAAAAGUAGAUGCUGCUGAGUUCUCUCGUCCGGAAUCACCUGCUAGUGCAGGGGAAGCAUCGCGUCCUGGUUCUGCGACGGACGAUCAUAAGAAAGACGACUCAAAACCGAUAGAAGUAACACGCCAUCUGAAGGAAUCGGCAUCGUUAGACCUAGCAGGCGAACAACCCGAAACAUCGGCAUUUUCGCGCCCCGAAUCACCCGCCAGCACAGGGGAACUUUCUCCGGCGGAACUGAAGGAUGGAGUUAAGGAAGAUUCACGACCGCCAUCGGCAGCUAGUGACACGAAGGCUCCAUCCGAAAAGUCUAUUGAUGCUAAGACAGAACAGAAGCAAGAUUCUCGUCCAGCUUCAGCUGUACCUUCAGAGAAGUCGGUUGACCUGAAAGAGCAAGCGAAGGAAGAAUCGCGUCCUACAUCUGCUGCCGCUUCUGAAAAGUCGGUUGAACUCAAAGAAAUUCAAAAAGAUUUAUCGCGCCCAGCAUCAGCUGCUAGCGUCACGGAAGAAAAACGCCCGUCCGAAACGCAAGUCGAUUCGGUUAAACUUGGAGAAAGUGAAGUUUCCCGACCAGCAUCGGCGGCUAGCGAGGUGAAGGCACCGUCUGAAAAGUCUGAUGACUUGAAGGGUGAUGAGAAGGAAGAUUUCCGACCAACAUCGGCCGUACCUUCAGAAAAGUCCAUUGAUCUUAAAGUGGAACAAAAGGACGAAUCCCGACCAGGAUCGGCUGCCAGUGGCGCUAAGGCUCCAUCCGAAAAAUCUGUUGAUCUUAAGGGUGAACAGAAGGAUGUAUCACGACCACCGUCUGCUGUUCCAUCCGAAAAGUCGGUUGAUCUUAAACCGGAAUCAAAGGAACAAUCCCGUCCGGCGUCUGCCGCAAGCGAAACCAAGCCAUCGUCUGAAAAGUCUCUUGAUCUUAAGGCGGACCAGUCGCGCCCAGCGUCUGCUGCCAGUGAGGGCAAGGCGCCAUCGGAAAAGUCUGUUGAUCUUAAGGCAGAUCAAAUGGAAGAUUCUAGACCAGCAUCAGCCAUCCCUUCGGAAAAGUCUGUUGUGGACAAGGCAGAAGAAAAGGAAGAAUCUAGACCAGCUUCUGCUGCUCCAUCGGAAAAGUCCGUUGACCUUAAGGACAUUCAAAAGGAUGAAUCUCGACCGGCUUCUGCCGCAAGCGAAAAGGAUGGCAAAGCACUGUCUGAAAAGUCAGAUGAUCUUAAGGUAGAACGAAAGGAGGAAUCUCGUCCGGGAUCUGCUGCAAGUGGAGCCCAGGCACCAUCGGAAAAGUCUGUUGAUCUUAAGGUAGAUCAAAAGGAAGAUUCUAGACCAGCAUCGGCCGUUCCUUCUGAAAAGUCUGUUGAUCUUAAGUCAGAGCAAAAAGAAGAUUCUAGACCAGCAUCGGCCGUUCCUUCUGAAAAGUCUGUUGAUCUUAAGCCAGAACAAAAAGAGCAAUCUCGUCCAGCAUCGGCUGCCAGUGGCGCGAAGACACCGUCUGAAAAGUCUGUUGACCUCAAGGAAGAAGAGAAAGAUGGAUCCCGUCCGACGUCUGCUGUUCCUUCCGAAAAAUCUGUUGACCUCAAGGAAGUCCAGAAAGAAGAAUCUAGACCAGCAUCGGCUGUUCCUUCCGAAAAAUCUGUUGACCUCAAGGAAGUCCAGAAAGAAGAAUCUAGACCUGCAUCGGCUGUUCCUUCUGAAAAAUCUGUCGAUCUGAAGGAAGACCCGAAAGAAGUUUCCCGGCCAGCAUCUGCUACUCCAUCGGAAAAGUCGGGUGAUCUUAAGCCGGAAGACAAGGGAGAUUCGCGACCAACAUCUGCUGCAGGUGAAAUGAAAGCUCCAUCUGAAACAUCGAUUGAUAUGAAGGUAGAUCCGAAAGAUGUAUCACGACCAGCAUCAGCUGCUAGCGAGGUGAAGGCACCAUCGGAAAAGUCUGACGAUUUCAAGGGGGAUCAGAAAGAAGAUUCCCGAACAGCAUCCGCCGUAGCCUCGGAAAAAUCUGUUGAUCUUAAGGGUGAACAGAAGGAUGUAUCACGACCACCGUCUGCUGCUUCUGAAAAGUCUGUUGAUCUUAAAGAUGAACAGAAAGAUGCAUCGCGACCAUCGUCUGCUGUUCCUUCUGAAAAAUCUGCUGAUCUUAAAGAUGAUCAGAAGGGCGACUCUCGACCACCGUCUGCUGUUCCUUCUGAAAAGUCUGUUGAUCUUAAGCCAGAAUCAAAGGAAGAAUCCCGUCCGGCGUCGGCUGCAAGCGAAACCAAGCCACCGUCCGAAAAGUCUCUUGAUAUUAAGGCGGACCAGUCGCGCCCAGCAUCUGCUGCCAGUGAGGGCAAAGCGCCGUCUGAAAAGUCUGUUGAUCUUAAAGCAGAUCCAAUGGAAGAUUCUAGACCAGCAUUAGCCGUCCCUUCGGAAAAGUCUCUUGGGGCCAAGGCAGAAGAAAAGGAAGAUUCUAGACCAGCAUCAGCCGUCCCUUCGGAAAAGUCUCUUGGGGCCAAGGCAGACGAAAAGGAAGAUUCUAGACCAGUUUCUGCUGCUCCAUCGGAAAAAUCCGUUGACCUUAAGGACAUUCAAAAGGAUGAUUCUCGACCGGCUUCUGCCGCAAGCGAAAAGGAUGGAAAGGCACUUUCUGAAAAGUCGGAUGAUCUUAAGGUAGAACGAAAGGAGGAAUCUCGUCCGGGAUCUGCUGCAAGUGGAGCCCAGGCACCAUCGGAAAAAUCUGUUGAUCUUAAGGUAGAUCAAAAGGAAGAUUCUAGACCAGCAUCGGCCGUUCCUUCUGAAAAGUCUGUUGAUCUUAAGCCAGAACAAAAAGAGCAAUCUCGUCCAGCAUCGGCUGCCAGUGGCGCGAAGACACCGUCUGAAAAGUCUGUUGACCUCAAGGAAGAAGAGAAAGAUGGAUCCCGUCCGACGUCUGCUGUUCCUUCCGAAAAAUCCGUUGACCUCAAGGAGGCCCAGAAAGAAGAAUCUAGACCAGCAUCGGCUGUUCCUUCUGAAAAAUCCGUCAACCUCAAGGAAGGCCAGAAAGAAGAAUCGAGACCAGCAUCGGCUGUUCCUUCUGAAAAAUCCGUUGACCUCAAGGAGGGCCAAAAAGAUGAAUCCCGACCAGCAUCGGCGGUUCCUUCUGAAAAGUCUAUUGACGCCAAGGAAGAUCAGAAGGAUGAAUCUCGUUCACCAUCCGCUACUCCAUCGGAAAAGACUGGAGAAAUCAAGGCAGAACCGAAGGAAGAGUCAAGGCCAGCAUCUGCUGUUCCUUCGGAAAAGUCGGUUGAUCUUAAUAUUGAAAAGAAGGAAGAGGAGUCACGUCCAGCAUCUGCAGUUCCUUCUGAAAAAUCUGCAACAUCUGAGCAAAAAGAUGUAUAUCGUCCAGUUUCUGCUGUUCCAUCUGAAAAGUCUGUAGACAUACCGACUGAUCAUAAGGAAACAUCUCGUCCAGCAUCAGCUGCAAGUGAAAAAGAAGGAAUAGCUUCCUCAGUGAAAGACGACGCAAAUGAGUUUUCACGUCCGGAAUCACCUGCCAGUGCUGGAGAAGCAUCUCGCCCAGGUUCUGCCAUGGAAGAUCAGAAAAAGGGUGAAGAAGAAAAAAUUGUAGAAGUAACACGCCAUCGCAAGGAAUCAGCCUCAUUGGACUUAGCGGAGGAACUGGCCGAAACGACGGCAUUUUCGCGCCCGGAAUCGCCCGCCAGCACAGGGGAACUUUCUCGUCCCGCGUCGGCACAACCGGAAGACAAGUCAGACAAACCAGUGGAGCCCACAAGCGAAGUGAAAGAUUCACGAUCACCAUCGGUAGCAAGCGUCACGGUUGAUCUCAAAGCGGAAUCUAAAGACUCACGUCCACCAUCGGCUGUACCUUCGGAAAAAUCUCUAGACCUCAAGCCAGAACCGAAGGAUGACUCUAGACCGGGAUCUGCUGCAAGCGACGCAAAACCUCCAUCUGAAAAGUCGGGUGAUCUUAAGACGAGGCAUCAUGAAGAUUCCCGUCCUACAUCUGCGGUUCCUUCCGAAAAGUCUGUUGACCUGAAGGCGGACGAUAAGGAAGUGUCACGUCCAGCGUCGGCUACCAGCGAGGCGAAGGCACCAUCGGAGAAGUCUGAUGACCUCAAAGAUCAGAAGGAAGGCUCGAGGCCAGCUUCAACCGUUCCAUCUGAAAAGUCGAUUGAUCUUAAGAUCGAUCAAAAGGAAGAGUCUCGUCCAGGGUCUGCCGUAAGCGGCACCAAUGUCCCAACGGAAACAUCUGAACUCAAGACAGAACAGAAGGAGGAAUCUCGGCCAGCAUCUGCCGUUCCCUCAGAAAAGUCGAUCGAUCUUAAGUCAGAACAGAAGCAAGACACUCGCCCGGGAUCUGCCGCAAGUGACGCAAAGGCUCCAUCAGACCGUGCGUCACCAUCACAUAUGCAAACAGAAUCCAAAGACCAGUCGAGACCAGCUUCCUCAGCUAGCGAUGCCCCAACGCAGUCUCCAGCGGAUAAGGCCGAUCAUCUACAAGCUGCUUCCAGAGAACAUUCUCGACCAGCUUCGGCAGCAAGUGACAGAUCGGAAAAAAAUCAGUCAGAAUUGUCACGUCCAGCUAGCACACUUAGUGGCAAGGCAGAAAAAUCUCCCGAUGCUUCGAAGGAACCUUCAAGGCCGGAAUCAGCGGCUAGUGAAAAGGCCGGGGGAGCUAGUGCAUCGAAAGAACCAUCUCGGCCCGCUUCGGCGGCUUCGGUAAAAUCGACAACCAGCGAGACGAAAAAAGAAACGCACGAAGUGUCCACCGUGUCGUCGUUCGCAAAGUUUGAAGAAUCUCUCUCGCGCCGUGAAUCUUCUUCCACCACCGCCACAAAAGAGGAGCGACCCACGUCGGCGCUGAGUGGCGGAGAGGAGGAUGAGCAGGAUAACAAUGAAAAGGUUUGCCUCAAAGAAACCCGCUCCAAGUCUAUGUCGGCCGUAAUGUCAUCGAACGUUCAGCGUUCGGGAUUCGAGGGAAGCACACUGGGCGUCUUGGAAGAAUCGAUGAUUACGUCGCGCGAUGAUCUCGAUAUGCUCCGAAGUCCCCGGGAUAGUGUCACGAAGAUUGAUGCAUCGUUAACUCAGAAGCUGGCGGAAACAACCAGCACGUCGUCGCUCGCUACGAAAUCCUUCAAGCCACUGUUCGACGACACUCCACAGUUCCCUGCCGCGAAGGUAGAGGAAGGCCCGAACGAUCGCGAAAAGGAAUCCACUGGCGUGUUUCCCAAGUGUGGCCUCGAUAGUACCGAAAGUCCCGAGCACGGCCCUACGAUCGCGCAGGGAAUGGAUCAGCUGCUAAAGGACACCGUUAGUACGAUGAAGGAGAUCGAAAAGAUGACCAGUUCCGUCAUCACGUCCACGGUGCAGGCGAAGAAAGAAGGAUCGGCCUUUGAGCAAGUGAGCAAGUCGGACACAUCGACAGGGUUAGGGACAUUCCCGGUGUCGGACAGUGGAAAGUCGUCUCCAUAUCUUGGCGAUAAGUCACACGAGUCCAGCGCCAAAUCGGUCAGUCCUCUGCCGGAUAAGGAUUCGCUCGAGGAGAGCUCCACCUCGCUGAACACGUUCAUCGAGAAAGACAGUUUGUCCGAAGGCAUCACCAAACAGCAGAAAGACCCGAAGGAACUUGUUUCCAUUCGGAUGAGUCCCGUUGGAGAGUCCAUCGCAGAGCGUGAGAGUGUCCCAGCGGCGCAAAGUCACAAGGCAUCCGAAGAGUUACUGUUCGCAGGAAGCAAAACACCACCGACCGCUCCGAUCAGCCCGAAUGUGGCCGUAAAGGAGGAGGUUAGCCAUGGAGCUGCCCUGAUAAUGCAAUCACAACCGAUCGACAGUUCUAUUUUGCCGGGUUCCACUUCAUCUGCCACUACGCUGACGUCGUCGACCACGGCGACCACUGGGGCAGCAGCGGCACCGAAGGACGAUGCAUCUGGUAUUUCAACACCUAAAGAAUCUGUACCAUCUGGCAAGUCGAGCCCGGGGCUGAUGUCCGUACACACGCAAGGCAGUACGGACAGUGCUUCCAAAUCGAUCAACUUGGGCCACAGUAGUUCAGGUGUUGAGACAUCAGAUUCGUCGCCCAAGCCAACCUCACCCUUCCCGAAGGUGGUGGUCGUCGACACGCUCAAGUUGGCGGACGAAACGAAAACCACCUCCGGCAUGAGCACGCCGGACAUGACCCGUUCCUCCACGCCGGACAUGGUCGAUUCGCAGAUAGAACGGAUCGCGCCCGCGGCCACCGGCGGUGAGAAGAGUGACUCGCAGCAAACGUUCACCACCACCACGACAACCACAAAGACAACCACUUACAUUAUCAAGGAUGGGCAGAAGAUCGAGGUGGACAGCAACGUACAUAGCGACACGGUUAGCGAACCCACAAAGGAAGUACCGGCUGCAGCGUCUACUGGCAGCGUGCCGGCGGGAUCCUCUACCACAACCACAACCACUACCACAUCCUACAUUCUCAAGGAUGGCCAGAAAGUGGAGGAAUCAUCUUCGGUUUCCAGCACCAAACCGUCGGUUCCGGCACAGUUGACGCUGGCGGCAACGGAGCAACACACCCUCGCGGAGGAUUACGAUGAAAAGGAAAUUCUUUCACCACGCUCCGAUAUUUCCUCCGGACAGGCGUCACGCAUCGUUGCCGCUUGGCAUGACGAGGAUGUACCCGGAUCACCGAUGAGUGUCACCUCGCAGGCUCCACUGUCUCCGAGCACGAAGUAUACGUACGACUACGACCUGCAGCACUCGAGCUCGGGUGUGAGCAAAAAGUCCGACAUCGAGAUCGAUCAGGACAGCCAGGAUGAUCUCGUUCCGCCGCAAUACGGAAGCGACGAGGCGAAGGCGGCGCUACCACUGGUGUCCAGUUUCAAGCCGGAUCCGAUGAGCACGUCGUUCUAUGGCCAGCUGCCGGAGGUGACACCGAUCACAAGCGCGACGCUGGCUUCAAGCACAGCCCGUUCGGUGCCAAUUCCGAUCGCCGGCUCUGGCAAGGGUUUCUCGAAACCGUACGUCGAAUACGCCUCCAGCGGUGAUAGCAGUGUCGAUUCGAGCCACAAACCGUCCAUGGCUACGGACGGCGAUCGCAAAUACCUGGACGAUGCCGACCUGGACUUUGAGAAGACUUUCAGCCGAGGCAAGAUGAUGGACGAUCUCAUGACCACGUCGAUGCACUUUUCCAGUGAGAAGGAGUUCAUGGCAGCGACCACGACUGCCGCCGCCAAGGAGCAGGCGCAAAAGAUGGAGAUGGAUUUCACCUCCACCGGGCUUCCCUCGUCGGCUACGACGACCACGACGGUCGUGGCGUCGGCCCAACCGACUGUUACGACCACGCUACCACAAUCCACACCACAAUCCCAAGCACAAUCACAAUCAGCAGCAGCAACAACAAUGUUACCGCAAUCAACGACACCACAGCCAACUGCACCACCCACGGCCUCGGCCCCAUCGUCCUCGGAGGUUAAGAGCGUCCUGGAUUCCUGGGGCAAACCACUGAGUCUUCCGUCGCCGGCACCGAUGACGACCGAGGACAACAAGACGACCCCGAAGAAGGAACGGCGGCUGCUGAUGAGCAAGACGAAGCUCAACAACGAAAAGAACCUGCGCAAACGGGCCGAAUCGCCCUCGAAGGCGGCCGCCAAGAAACCGGCCAGCCCCGUCUACGUCGACCUUUCGUACGUGCCGCACCAUGGCAACUCGUACUACGCCAACGUCGAGUUCUUCAAACGAGUCCGCGCCCGGUACUACGUGUUCUCCGGUACCGAGCCGAGCCGGGAGGUUUACAACGCCCUGCUGGAGGCGAAGCAAACCUGGGAAGAUAAAGAAUUAGAGGUAACUAUCAUUCCAACGUACGACACGGAUGUGCUCGGGUACUGGGUUUCGGAGAACGAGGAGCUGCUCGCCAAGUACCACAUCGAUCUGUCUCCUUCGGCGGCACGGUGUACGAUCAACCUGCAGGACCAUGAAACGUCGUGCUCGGCCUACCGGCUCGAGUUCUAG